GAUGUUUAUGUUUAUUACCUGUUCUCUAUGAAAUAUGAAUAGGUCCUUACCAUGGUGGGAUUUGGAAAAUCAGGGUAGAGCUUCCUGAUGCUUAUCCAUACAAAUCCCCAUCAAUAGGAUUUAUUAACAAGAUUUAUCACCCAAAUGUUGAUGAAAUGUCGGGCUCCGUUUGUUUGGAUGUUAUUAAUCAGACAUGGAGCCCUAUGUUUGAUUUGGUGAAUGUGUUUGAGGUAUUUUUGCCACAACUACUUUUGUAUCCAAAUCCAUCUGACCCGUUGAAUGGUGAGGCUGCAGCUCUAAUGAUGCGUGACCGGACUGCAUAUGAGCAACGAGUUAAAGAAUAUUGUCAAAAAUAUGCCAAGCCGGAAGAUAUAGGUGCUCCCGAAGAAGAGAAAUCAAGCGAUGAUGAGAUGAGUGAGAACGAAUAUGACUCUAGUGACGAGGCCAUUGUUGGGAAAGCUGAUCCAUGAAAGUCCUUCACAAUCUUUUUGGCUCAUCCAUCUAAUUGUUGUUGUACAUUAAUAUUACAGUCUAAUCUCUAUUCGAGAUCUACUUAUUGCACAUAGUUAGAAAGAAAUAACAAUUCAUUUAUAUGGAUGCAAGUGAAAAUGAAUCGUACCUCAUUCGUAAGUCUCGCGUGAUGUAAGUGUAUGUAUUGUCUUGUCCAACAACUCGUUUCACAUUGUCUACAAGCUCGAAUGUGUGCUGGUAAUGUAUGGAUCUGUAUUUUCGAUC